AUGGCAGCAGAUUCCACUUGCUCUCUCAAGUUCGGACCCGAAUGGAUUCGAGUACUGAGUGAUUCGUCCGCGGGUCAAGCUCCUCAAGCGCAAGCUUCGCAAGCAACACCACCUCGGAAGUAUCCGCUGGCAAAGCACAGGUACGGCAAAGAAGAACUGAUCGCUAUUUAUGAACAAACGCUGUAUGGAGAUACUGUCCCACCAUUAUCGACGCCGGGAUUCGUCUUCUGCGACGGAGUCUACAUCGAACAGAGUCAAACACCGCGGUCACUCAUUCCUAUGACCGACGAGGAGCAACGCUUGUGGGCUUUCCAGAGGGUGGCCUCCUCAAGAGGCCGGGGGAGAGGAAUAACUCCGGCACCUUGGGCGGCCGCUCGAAGCGUUGGGGGUCAUCUUCAACAGACAAGGAAUUGGCGCUCACCGGAAAAACCGAUAUCGUCGACCACCCAAAUGCCGACGUCGAAUCCGAGUCAAUUCAAUUAUUGGAGGAAAAAUUCCCUGAACGAAGAUGAAAAGGUACCGGAGUGGGCCGACGAGAAAGUGUCUGACGACAACGACAAUGUCGGCUCAUUCGACGAGAAGGGGGGUUUUUUGUCGCUGGAAAGUCGCGGUAGGACGACCGAAAACGCCUCGGCGAACUCUUCGACAGGGAAUUCGUUUCCGCAACGUCCGGUUGCCUCUGCAGACGGCGAGGCUCACCUUGCGCGGCCGACUGUCGAGUCCAGCAUUGAAUCGAAUGUCUGUAGAACGCUGAUGGAUAAACUAUCGUGCAGUUCUCCACUCCAAUCGGCGAAAGAGCGUGAUUCGAGUCACCCUCAAAAUAUCCGAGAGAAAGAAGAGCCGUUGGAUAUUCCUACGAGCAAGAGCAUCCCUGGCGGCCCGGCGGUGAUCCAGAUUCCCACGGUUCCUCUGGCCGAAGACGCGAGAGUAUGUACGAACCAAAGCAAACGAGCUCAGGUUGUCAUCCUCGGUGAUGGGAGCGUGAGCGUAGACUCGAUCACGGUUGCUGCACCAACUGCCGACCAGGACUCCGCGCCAACUGUCCCGUCCGACGGAUCAUUGCAGCAGAGUGCUCGAUGGUCCCACGCGAACAGGGAUAUUGCGGAAGCUCCACUCUGGUACUACAAGGAUCCUCAGGGUAUAAUACAGGGCCCUUUUUCAUCGACCGAUAUGCUUGAGUGGAGCACCCAGGGGUACUUCCAUGACAGCCUCGAAUGUCGUAGAGCUUGUGAUUCGGUUUUUAAUCCUCUUGGUGCGUUGAAGAAAGUUUGGAAUGGAAGACUGCCGUUCGUGAUGCCAAAUCUGCAUGGACCAAUCGCAAACGUGAUCCUACCGACCGUGUCUACUUCUCGUCAAAAUGCUGUGUUCAAUGUCUCCAGUGUGCCCAUGGGGCUCGGCGUGAACUCUCUCUGUGCGGUCGGAGCUAUGAACGGAUUUGUCGCGGCUGGGGGAGCGAGCUCCUCGGUCGUUUCCUCGGUGUCACCCAUGAGAGCUCUGACGUCGGCUCUCCACCCUGAGAACGCCUACGUCGACGAGGCUAAUUCACAGUUCAAUGCGUUGUCGCAGCGCCAGAAUGAUUUUGACGGAAGGAGUCAACAUAUGGCAAACGAGAACGGGAUCGAUAGCAGCCUCAUCGGCGUCGGGCAUAAUCCAGCCCUUGGUCGAGCUCAACAACUGGAGUCGGGAUCGAGUCUGCCAGAAAACAUGCUCGAGACGCCUAUAAGGAGGUCGCACCAUGAGGAUCAAUUCAAUCAAAGUGUUAACAAUCAUGUGACGGCCGACAGUGGCACCGGCGGCAAUCAUCGGAGAGCAGUCAUCUCAAAUCGUCUCAUAGAACACGUCACCAGCGCGGCUCCCCCUCUACGCGCAAGAUCUACGGCAGCGUUGAACACGUUGGAGCAACGGACGGAUCCGACGUCGUCGUCAUGGUUCAGCAGGUCUGCGACGAGUUCAAAUCUAGGAUAUCCACAAGAGACUGAAGCGAUUCCGCCAUCGGCGGAUUCGGGCGUGGACCGAGCAUUCGGCGCGUCCACCGCACAUCACCACGCAAUCGCUCAACACGAACUUCCAAACUCGUGGCUGGUCCAACGGAAGAACGAACGGAAUGCUGAGGGUAACCAGAUGGCUCCAGCUCACCUCGACGAACCGGAACAAGUUGUUCUGAACAAGAGCUCAUGGAACGAUUUCGAAUAUAGCUACGAUAUUUCGCGGAUGAACCCUUCCGCCGACGGUGAUGUCGGCCCUGCGCAAAGUCGGAAUCCACGACAACAGGACGAAGCGCUCUUGCAAGCACAGAAUUCCGAUUUGGAACAUCAGGACAACCAUGGACUAUAUCAGGAGACUCCCGAAGGAGCUCCCUUCGAGAAAGUUGCGGAGAAGAAAAAGAAACGAGAUCGCAGAGAGAAGCAGCAGCAGCAGGAUGACAGACUAGUGCGCGAAAGAAGGGAGCCGGCAGACGAUCAGAAAAAACACUUGGUCCAGCAGGACUCUUCAGAUGAAGACGCGGAUUGGGACAGCGGUGAGCAAAUUGCAGCAAGCAAGAUGGCGUCUUAUCAAGAUGUCAUCAUACCUGCUCCGGCUCCAGCGAUUCCCGCGUGGGGGAACACAUCUGAGAAGAAUAUGUCCGCUUUGAGUCUUCAAGAAAUUCAACGGCUAGAGGAGGAGCGCGCUGACCGAGAACGUCAGCAAAGACAACAAGAAGCCCUCAAAAAUGGAUACUAUUCAGGAAUCAAGACCUGGGCAAAUGCCAUAGCGCCCAUAAAAUCAUUCGAUCAGAUUCAAAAAGAGCAGCAAGCUUCAAAAAGCAGCGCGACGCAGAACAAGCAUCAGUCGAAAGGAGCUCCCGCAUCGUAUACGCCGCUGUCAGCCGCGGAUGUAGUCGCCAACGGUAUCGGCUGCACUCCCACACACAAAAGCUCGAGCUCGAAAGCGACGUUGAAGAUGUCAAGUGUAGUGAAGGGAAAUGUGGCGAUCACUCGCCCUAGCGCCACAGCUGCGAGCAACCACAACAACAAUAACAGUCCCACCGGCAACCAUAACCACCACCAUACAAUUAAUAAUAACGGCGGCGAAAAGUCGGUCCUGGCGACCGAAACGACGAACAAUGAGCAACAGCUCAUUGACUGGUGCGCUCAGAUCACGAAAGGUCUCAAUUCAUACCUAGAUAUGCCCACAGUUGUGUCGAUAUUGAAAGAUGUCGAAUCCGAAGCCGAAAUCGAAGACUAUGUCUCGCAGUUCUUCGGAGAAACCCUGAGAGAACCUCGACAGUUCGCUAGGCAGUUUGUUCAGAAACGCGCCAAGUUCAACGUCGGGCUCGCGUCCAGUCUGCCGAAACAGUCCGAGUGGUGCACCACGGGCGGAAAUAAGAAGCGCAAAGGUGCGAAGAAGUAAUCGAGCACAAUCUUUGCCGACUCCGCCGCGGGUAGUUUCGAGCAAUUCCAACGGCGGCGG